AUGUCAAAUCAUCACCAUCAUCAUAAUAAUACCACUACUGCAACUAAUAAUAAUAAUAAUAAUAAUAAUACCAACGCUAACAGUACCAAUCGUAAUAGUACCAAUAAUCAUGAUGGUUUCCAAGGCAGAAAAAAGAAAUUAUCACAUUGGGUUAGAAGAAUUAUGCAACCAAAGGAACAUUUAAAUUCCAACACAGGUGGCAGCACUCUGAACGAAAACAACAAUAAUAAAACAUUAUUUAAUUAUUAUAGUACCAACAAUAGCAAUGAUCAUAAUAAUAAUAAUAAUAAUAAUACUAAUACGAAGGCUCAACACCAUUCAAAGAAAAAUGCCCAUACUUCAAGAAAUACCACCCCUACUAUUUUGCACAGCCAAAAUAAUAGCACUAAUGCCGCUAGCCAAAAUAUGAAAGGCAAUCCAUCGUUAAGCAAUGGCCCUAAAGGUAGCACUGAUUUAGAUAGACAAAAUACUAUAACUUUAGACAUGAUUGUAGAAGAAACAGAGAAAAAAGAAAAUAAAAAAAUUGCCAUCGGCAACAAAGAAUCUCAGGACAAAAGGGCAAUAUUAGCCGCCCAUAAUACACAUAAUUUAUCGGUAAGAUUUCUAGAAAAUGAUACACCAGCUACUACAAAAGCGAAUGAUAAUAUUGUUAAUGAUUACCGCCCCAAUGUUAUUAUUGAGAAUGGUUCGUCAGAUGUUUCAUCUUCCAAAAAUCUAACUGCUAAUUCUACAAGUAAUACAAAAUCUGGUACACCUGUACUGUUUUUAACUACUACAGCCACUUCUUCUUCGAAAAAAUGGAUUGAAAAUGCGUUUACCUCAAAUACAAAUGCCAUCCCCAAAUACGACAAUAGUAGUACUGCUGGGUUAGUCUCUACAUGCUCUUCUUCAAUAAAAUCUACACCUUUUUCAGAUAUUCAAUCUUUACAAUCAACAAGAGCUACAAUAACUUCUUAUAAGACUUUAGAUACUACAAAUUCGAGUAUAGUUGGUAUCCCGCCUGCAAGCAUCUUAGAUAGAAAUAGACAUACAAGUGGCACCACUACUACUCCAAGCAUUAGUGCUACUUCUCAAAGUGUGCUUAGCUAUCAAGAAACAUCUUCGCUUCUCAGUGAUUGUACAAUGCAUUCCUCAACUAGUGGUAAUAAUAAUACCACGACAACGACAACGAAUAAUAAUAACAAUAACGAGAAUAAUUGCAUUGCUACUGACACUAAUAUCGUACUUAAUAUUAAUACUGGUGAGUAUAAUAAAAGUAUUACACGAAAUAAUAGUUCAUAUACUAUUAGUAUUAAGAGCGAUCUGUCUACCUAA